UUUUCACUGUAAUCCCAUGUAAUGCCUAUAUAUAUAUAUCCUGCAGCAACCUGUCAUCCCAUAUUGUCAUGACUAAUAGAGCCAUGACUCAUUGUUUCAAACACAUGAGAGCCUUAAUCAUCAGUCUUCUUUACUUGAAUCUUCUUCGAAUUUCAGUAGCUUCGGUUGUUUCCACCGGAAAUUUCAACAAUGACUUCUUUGUGAUGUGGGCUCCUAGUCACGUCAACACUUCAACUGAUGGCAGAGAAAGAAGCUUGAAACUUGAUCAAGAAUCUGGGUCCGGUUUUACAUCAACCCAGAUGUUCUUGUUUGGUCAAAUAGACAUGCAAAUUAAACUAGUACCUGGCAAUUCAGCAGGAACAGUGUUGGCCUACUAUUUGACAUCAGAUCAGCCUAAUCGAGAUGAGAUAGAUUUUGAGUUUCUUGGCAAUGUUAGUGGCCCGCCAUAUAUCGUGCAAACAAAUAUUUAUGCUGAUGGUUUAGACAACCGAGAAGAGAGGAUCUAUUUAUGGUUUGAUCCAACAGAGGAUUUCCAUACAUAUUCUGUACUAUGGAACCUUCACCAAAUUGUGUUUAUGGUAGAUUCAAUUCCUAUUAGAUUAUAUAGAAACAAUGCAGACAAGGGAGUGGCAUACCCAAGGUGGCAGCCAAUGAGCAUCAAAAUUAGCCUAUGGAAUGGGGACAGCUGGGUGACACGUGGCGGUCAGGAUAAAAUUGAUUGGUCUAAGGGUCCCUUCAUAGCUUCAUUCAGUGAUUACAAGAUUGAUGCCUGUGUAUGGAAUGGGAAUCCAAGAUUUUGUAGGGCAGAUAGCUCAGCCAAUUGGUGGAACAGACGCAGAUUUAGAACUCUAACAAGGGUCCAGAAGAGAUGGUUCAAAUGGGUUAGGAAGUACCACAUGGUUUAUGACUACUGCCAAGAUUAUCGGAGAUUCCAAUACAAUCUUCCCAAGGAAUGCUCCCUUCCCAAGUAUUCUUAAUACAAACAGUACAUCAUUUUUACAUCGUUUCAGCAUAGGCUUUGUUUUGUUUUUCUUUUAAAAUUCUUCUGAUUAUGAAUUAAGUAUUAUAGAUAGAACCCUUUCCAUUCCAAUUAAUUCCAAGCUUCAUUGGCUAACGGUAUGUCAAUCCUUACAAGUAAAGCAAUAUAUAUCCACUGCGCUUUCAAAUGCAUCAUUAGUCUCUGUCAGGAAAAUUUAGAUAAUAAUUUUGACAUUUUGAUCCAAAUGUUUAUGUAUGCAAUGGAAACUU